GGAAACGUCAUUUCCGGUUUCUUUUUUGAACAUAGUUCCGGUUCAACAUAAAUUGACGUCUGUCAACGUUUAAUAAGAUGAAGUCAUGGGUAUUUUGAGCAGUAUACUCUCAAGGAGGGAGAAAGCUGAAGAGCUCCUUGGUGAGUGUAAGUGCAGAAAGAGGAAGUAUCGUUGUGACAGUGAUGAAGAGAAUGAAGAAGAGGAUCUGCUGAACACACCCAGGAGGAAAAAGUUAAAGAGCACUUCCAAGUAUAUUUAUCAGACUUUGUUUUUGAAUGGCGAAAACAGUGACAUAAAAAUCUGCGCUCUGGAUCAGGAAUGGAAUUUGCAUAAAAUCUACCUUUGUCAAUCUGGCUACUUUGCUAGUAUGUUUAGUGGUUCUUGGAAGGAAUCCAGCAUGAAUAAAAUAGAACUAAAGAUUCCUGACAACAACAUUGAUGUGGAAGCAUUGCAGGUUGCAUUUGGAUCAUUGUAUCGUGAUGAUGUCUUGAUAAAGCCUGGUCGAGUUAUUGCCAUUCUAGCUGCUGCUUGCAUGUUGCAACUGGAUGGCUUGAUUCAGCAGUGUGCCGAGACUAUGAAAGAAACAAUUGGUUCAAAAACUGUUUGCAGUUACCACACAGCUGCAGGGACCUAUGGACUAGAGAAUGUGAAGAAAAAGUGUCUAGAGUGGCUGUUAAAUAACUUGUUGACUCAUCAGAAUGUUGAUCUCUUCAAGGAACUCAGGUUAUAUUUAAUGAAACAGCUCAUCCAAUCGCCUGACUUGUUCGUCAUGCAAGUUGAAAUGGACAUCUAUACAGCACUCAAAAAGUGGGUGUUCCUUAAGCUAGUUCCUUCUUGGAGUGGGUGCAUAAAACGUCUUUUGUCAGAUGCUGAUGACUGGUUUUCCAAACGUAGGAAAGAUUCAGAGGAUAUUGCUCCAUUUUUGGAGACUGAAGAAGGAGUUCAGUUUUUGCCUGUGUUCAGGCACUUAAGAUUGCAGUACAUCAUAAAUGACUUGGCAUCUGCAAAAAUCAUUGAAAGAGAUUUAAUUCUACCUCCUGGAUGGUUAUCUUGUGCAUACAAGCAGCAGUGGUUCACAAUGCUUAGAACAGAACAGGAAGAUGAGCUUGGGCCACAGGAGCUUGAUAAAGAGGAGUUUGAGAUUUCCAGCAUGCGAUGUGGCAGAAAGCUGACAAAAGAUGGUGAUUAUUGCUGGCGAUGGACGGGAUUUAAUUUUGGCUUUGACUUGAUUGUCACCUACUCAAACCAUUGCAUUAUUUUCAAGAGAAAUACUCUGAGCCGACCAUGUGGGGGCUCUGUGAGCCUGCAGCCACAAAGGAAUAUUGCAUUCAGGUUACGCUUGGCUUCAUUCGAUAGCAGUGGGAAAGUUAUUCGCAGCAGAACAACUGGAUAUCAGAUACUUACUCUUGAGAAGGAUGAGGAGCAAGUAAUUCUGACCUUGGACAGUAGACUUCUCAUCUUCCCUUUAUACAUUUGCUGCAACUUUCAGUAUACCUCUUUGCGAAGGAGAACUGAGAAUGAGGGGUGAGACAAUUAGUGCUGACAACUGAAGCAUCAACCUUGUGAGAAACAAAUGCAACUUGUGCCUUUUCACUUCAGUGUGCCGUGCAUAUUACUAGAGAAAUAAAAGGAUCUACGGAUGAAUAUCGAACAUAAUUCAUCAGAAGAACAGAAAGGAACAUAUUUUAAAUUUCUUCUUUGACUUUGGAAUAAUUGUGUUUGCAGCAUUAGGUAGAACAGAUGAGAGAACACAGCGUGAUCAUUACUUCAGACAAACUUCAGUAUCACCACCACUUUUAUUCCAUUAUUUCCUUUACCUGUAUAGUAUUUUGGAUGACUGAAUUGUGAGGGAGUAAAUAUCCCAUUAUUGUAAAUUUCAAGAGAUUGCCAAAGAAACACGGGUAUCAAACUCAGGAAGAAUUCUUAUUGAACAUUUUUUUAUAGCUGAAUGUUAAUUUAUUCAGGUAUAUAUCGGGCUUCCAUGAUUUUCUCAAAUACUGAUUUCAUCUGUCCAUGUUUUUUUUUAAUUUGGCAGAAGAACAGACUGCCCUGACACAUUGUCUGUUUUUUUUUUUUUUGUUUUUUUUUUAGAACUGUGCAGAAGUGAAGCAGUAAUGGUUUUAGUUUUUUAGUUUUGUUAUGCAAGAAGAUGAACUUGGGGCAUUAACUUGAGGAACAAUUUUAUGUUUUUGUACAUUUUAACAUGCUUCAUUUUUAAUUUUGUAACUAUUCUUUGUGCUUGUUUUCUGCAUUCUAUAAUUUGUACUGUUAUUCCCUGUGUAUUGUAUGCCUAGCAUAGCAGGCCCUCAAAAGAAACUCACAGACAUGAUUAGCAUGCUAAUGAGGCCACUCCCAACAUGCAGCCCAUUACAUCUUUAAACAAAUCACAAUGAGAUGCUCAUCACAGGAAUUGACACUGCAGUAUAAAUUCUUCUGCACGGCAAGUAGACAAAGGUGGAUGUUUGGCCUUACAGUCUGACAUCCAGAGCUUUAACAGAUACCCCCAGUGAAGUGAGCUCUUCCUCUGCCCCAGGCAUCAGUCUGCCUUACUUAAAAUGAGGAGCAGCUUGAGCAAUUUUCAGUUCAUUUUUGCUGCAAGAAGCUACUGGACAUAAGUCCUGUGCAGGGGACUUCCAGAGGAUGAUUAAAUACGUAGUUUGGGAGCUCUCUUUUAUAUUUAUUUUUAUACUGCAUUGAGUAGAGCUGUUGUUAGCUAAUUUGUAGUUCUGCGGUCUGUGACUUUUCUGGAAAGGCCAGUAAGUGUGCAUGCUGAAGCUGAAUUUUAUUCAAGGAUUUUCAUUCACAGUGCCUUUUUUGUUUAGGCGGGACACACCAAGUGUACAUUUCUUAGCGCUACACAACCUUUAGAUAAAAAGAAACUUGAAACUUUGGUUCAGAUGAGUCAUACUGUCAGAGGACCUUCAAGCAGUAGUCUGCAACCUCAGAAGCCUAAUAAAGUUGGUGUGACCAAAAAAUUGGCAGUGACAGAGACUGCAGGCAGAAAGUGAGAGGCCUCAAGAACCUUACCAGUCCUGCCAAGACCUGUUACUGUUGGCCUCUUUGAGGUUAUUCUUCAUGCGCCACUGAUCCUAUUCCUUUUUUAAAAUGUAUCCAUUCCUGUCUUGACCUAUCCAGAGGAAGACAGUAGGGUUAUACCGCAUGUUGCUACACAGACCUCAGAUGAGCUUUUUUUAAGACAUUUAGGAUGUCUUAAACAUCCACCCUUCCAGAAUUUUGUCCACAUCUUCUGAAACGUAAAGCUUUAGAUUUUCCUCCUGUUCUUGCUGACACUGGGCAAAAUCCAGGCCUGCUUGAUACAUGUAGUGCCCCCAUAUCAAGGUGGCUUCAGCUUUUUCCAGCUAGGUAGGCCAGAUAUGAGCCUUAAAAGUGCCAUCCCCAAUGACCUUUGAUGACAAGAGAUUCACAGAAGAAUAUACUGUGGUCUGGCAGACUAUAAAACUCUCCAGUGCCAUAAACCUUAUAUGGCAACCCCCCCCCCCCCCGUACAAAAGAGAAGGAGGGAGUCUCCCUUUCAUAGUCAUCUUAUUUGGAUAUAGGAGGGAAAUCUUUGCUUAUUUGUCCAAUAUUUCAUCAUCCAUAGGUGUAGGAUAUGGAUGACAAAGAAACUUCCUUGUGGACCCCACAUACACACCUUUGGGGAAACUAUAAACCUCAUAUGGAAGUAUUUCAUAUGGGAAUCCAAAGAGGUUUCCAGUAUAAAACAUUUCUUUGACCUUCUGAACAUGCAGGAACUCAAGCAGCAGGUAGCCCCCUCAACAGUCUUUCAAGCUUGCAAGGACACUUUUGAAUUGGGAUUCUUGACCCAGUUAUCAUCCAGCUGCUUCAAAGCAACUAGAUAGGUGUAUAAAAAGUAGGGGAUAUUUCACGUGUCCUUGGAAGCUGCAGGAGGGGGUGGGGGUCUAACCUAGAACCAAGACUUAAUGCUGCCCUUAAUGGUAAGGAGAGUAGAGUUUUAGACUGCCUUGAGAGGAAGGUAUGUACUUUCUCAGCACUGACAUUUCAAACUAUUAAUUGGCAAACUCAUGUAAUCACGUCACAUGUCAGAAUGAGAGUGUCAGGCAAAUUGAGGACAGGAUCUAAGAUAUCUUAGCUGAGUCCUUAAAGGAAAGAGUAUGCAGAUUAUGCGAGACUGCCUUCAGAGUAGGUAAGCAUGCUGUUAAAUGAAGUUACAGUGCAAUAGACUACUUCAGUGAAGAGGGCAGUAUCAGCUGGUACUGUGAUCAAAAGGCAUGCCUGGCUUACAUUUCAGACAAUCAGAGGAUUUGAUGGGGCAGUUUUUGGCUGUUACCUUGGACAGGGUUUUACUUUUUGGCCAUCUUUUAUAGAAUUAAAAAACAAAAUGGUGGAAAAUGGCAAGAUUAUGAAAUAUGUGAGCCAGUUAUUUUGCUCACCCAUCCCUAAAUACAGACAAACGAUGCCUUUUUUAUACAUGGAACAAGCCAGGGCAAACUGUUUCAAGGGAAAAGCUUGGAGAAGUGGCAGUUAACAGGAUAGGAGGAGUAGUGACAGUCCUUUCUACUUCCAUCCUCACAUUCUUUACCUCUUGGGAAGGAGACCAUCACAUUUCAUUUAGAAUUGGUUUGGCCUAACCAUCAACAAAUGGGAAAUCAAGAAGUAUGCUAAUUAAAAAUUCAGGGAGGUUCCCAAUUUCUGGGUAUGCCUCCAAUCCCUCAAUGCCAGGUUCAUCUAGUGUUCUUUGUGCUGGACCAGCUGAUUUGUUGUGGCAGAGUAAAGAAAGCUACACAAGGGAAAGCAUUCGACUCUUAGCUGUUCCUAGUUUAAGAAAUCUGCUUUAGUUCUGUUGAUAUUAAACAAAUUCCAGAAAUGAAUCCAGUUCAGGAUACAGACUCCUCGGCCUCUGUUGCCUUUGCUGAUCUCUGGGGACUUUUUGAUCACUCUUUCCUAAUGGGGUUAUAUUUCCACAUUCUCAUCACAGAUAGCACAGGCAGUAUUUAAGGUUUCCACUCUUUAGGCCAGUGCAGUGCUUGUCAGAACACCUUUCAAGUGGGCCUUCCCUGUGAUUCCAUUAAGGUGCACAUCUCGGACAUUGGUUCUUGUCUUCCACUGGAUCCUUGUGCACAUAUUUCUUAGUUAAACAGCUCAUUGAGGGAGUAUUGCAUUUGAGACCACCAAGGAAUCAUGUUAUUUUUUCAUGUGGGAGCUUAACUUUCUGAUAGGAAAACUAAUACUAGCCCCUUUUGAUCCAUGCUCCUCAGUGGCCCUCCAUUUUUUUCUGGAAAUUCUUAUUCCUAAUGGUUAUCAGUUCAGCUAGAAGAUAUCUGACUUUCAGGCCUCUAUUGGUUGAGCCUAAAAGCUAGUCCUCCUUCAUGCAUAAAGUGAUUUCUGAGCUGGCACUCAGCUGGACUAUUCAGCUUUCCACUUUUCACCCAUAUCUCCAGAGUAAAGGAGAAAGCAUAGUACAUUUGUUGUCUUUUUGUAGUCAGUUUGGGUAUUAACAUGAUUUGAAAAAAAGGUGCUCAGACAGAUCUUCUUUCUCCUGUAUGCCUAGAAAAGAGCUGUAUUGUUUCUGUUGCAACUACAGUGGAAAUCUCCUGAGAGCUACAGUCAGGGCACAUUCCAUCAGAUAACAGCCUUCUUAAAAAGUGUAUUUAUCCAAGUCAUUUGUAGGGUAGCCACUUGAGACCCUUCUUUAUACUUUCUUCAGGUAGUAGAAGCUAGUUGUGAAGUGCAAGAGUAUGGUAGGGUUAGCCACUACUGCCAUGCAGUGUGUGCUAUAAGCUCCUAUUGCCAACAGGGGAUCUAUGCUACUGCUUUGGUAUUCUCAUGUUUAAUGUUUUAUACUACAACAUGGAUAGUUGGAUAGUCCAUUUGAGUGCUAGCUCAGAAAUCACUUUAUGUAUGUAAUCAGCAUAGUAUAGUGCCAUAUCUCAUCAAGACAGUAGAUUUUAAGAGUAUUAUUACAGGCUCAUAGCCUCCUGCCUUCUUGUGCUGUUCCCCAUAUCCUUCAAUCCUGGUGCCCGAAAGGAGAUUUUACGGCUAUUGCUAAUAAAAAUGCAUGUAUGCAUGAGCUGUUUCCCGAUAAAUAAAAAUGUAUACAGCAACAGUGAUCUGUCUUUUCAGACAGCUGCACUGUCUUGGUACUAGCCUGAGAAACUAACACCAAUAUUCUUGUAAAUGCCUGUUGGUAACUGUCCUGACACAUUUUCAUCUGGCUGACAAAAUGUAAAAUUGUUAGACGUGUAGUUUUAAGUUACGUGUUUUAAGAAUUAAAUCCUCUACAUGUCUGAUUGUAGGAGAGGAGUUUAUCUCCAGCAGGAAGAGUCAGCGAAAAAUGUAAAAGUUCAUCUGUGGUUAUAAGGACUGUAAACAAAAGUAUUCACUAUUGUGAAUACACUUUAAUUGAACUAGCAGUGAGGGUGCAAAAAAGUUUUACAUUUGAAAAUAUGAAACCACGCUGUGGAGAACUUUUUGUUUUGGUAACCAGGUAUGUCAACAAAGGGGCAUAUUACAGUGGUAAUUAUUUUUAAGAUUUUAGCACCACUAAUGUAUUUUUAACAUCAUUCUUUCCUUUACCCUAUUCUUUCUUUUCUCUUUGUUGUGUUUUUAAUAGGGAUUUAUAGUUCUUUUGAUGUUCAGUAACUGCUUAAAAAGAUAACACCAUUUAUUUUGCAGAAGACUUGAAUCAUAACAGUGCAGUUCUCUUUCCCUAAUGUGAACAAGUCCUAUUGUAUUUAUUUAUUCUUUUCAUUUUAUUUGCUUCAUUGUACUUUGUGAUACUCUGAAUGUUGGCCUAACAUGAUUAUGUUGUAUUGUUUUGAAUCUUAAAUUCUGAUGUGCCUCACAUUAGAACAGGGCUAUCACUUUACAAUGUAAAGUAUUUUAGAGUUUUUAUAGUUUGUGACCAGAUGUUUUCUGGUCAAUAAAAGUUUUUAGGGCUGUUCUUAAAAUGGAGACGAUAGUGGACUCUGUAGGCUUAAGCUUCUUACUUAUAAAGGCCACAGAAUAUACUAUGCAUUGAGCUUGUGAUGUUGACAGCAAGGAGGGUGAACAAGGGUGGGGAAAUAACUUGUAGAUCAGUGUAAUCAGUAGAGUAACAACCAUUACAGUGCACUGAAACACAGAGCUGAUGUGGUGGUACCUUUUAUUGGACCAAAACAGGUAUUUACAACUACUUUAGCUUUCAGACUCUCUUGAGCCCUUCAACAUGAGCUAUUUAGUUACUGAUGUUAGAUACAUUGCUUUAAUGACCACAUUUGCUUCGAAAACAUAUUUUUUCCUUUGGUUAAGAGACAUUUUAAAAACUACCAGGCUGAGAAAAAAAUCUUUGUGAACAAGCUUCUGAAAAAAGAAAGUGAGGCAGUGUGUUUGUGUACGUGUGUGCAUAUCAACCUGAAAAAAUAGACGUCAGAGUUUGUUGCCUACCAUAAAAAUGAAGGUCCCUCUCAAGUGAUACACUAGAGGCAUAUUUUAUUUAGGAGAGGAACAAAUCAUUUGUUCAGGUCAUGUGGCUUGAAAUUUAAUGGGAAAACAAAGCAUAGUAAAUAGAAUUGUACUUAAAAAUUUUCAGCUAGAGAAAGAAAACAAAGUUAGAGCAUAUUAGUCUUUUAUUAGUCUGUCUUACCUUGAAAUCUGUAUAUGAUAUGUUUGUCAAAAAUUGUAAUAAUAGUAACGGAACUGUCAAGGGAGUAAGGUACUACUUUAGAAUAGCAAUGUGGUUGUAUACAAAUAGACUGCAUGACUGAAUAGAAAACACUAAAAGAACCAUGCUAUGAACAAGUAGUAUGCUGUAGAGAUCUAUCAUGGAGGAUAGUGAGCAAUUGCCCUGGAAUCUCUGUGUGCAUGUGUACGCAUGUAUGUAUGUAUGUAUAGCAUGUCAACAGCCUUAGCCGGAGCCUUUGAAACAUUGCUGUAACGUUAGUGUUGAAUGUUAAGACCUUACUGUCAGGUGUAUUGCUGCCAGUUUUAAAUUUAGAUCUGUAAUUUAAUAUUAACCCCUCUUUUGUAUUAGUAAAACAGGGAGCAGGUGCUAUCCAACCCCCACCAAAUGUUCAUCAUAUUCUUCACUGCUGCAGUAGCCUUAGCUAUGUGUGUUAUAUCCUGCCAAAGUUUCAGAGCACCUUCCAUGCAUCCACACUGUCAGGAAACUUGAGCUAUGGUUUGUCCUAAUUGUAAAAUUAUAAGGAAUGUUUUGUCUGCUGUUUCUUCUUAUGUGAAAAAUCUGCUUUAAGUAAUUUAGUUUAUUCUAUUGUUCAAGUCAUUACUCAGUUGUAUACAGUGUGUGUGUCACUCUGGUGAUACUUCUUCAAGGGCUAUGGCCACUGGUAUUGUUUUGUGGAGGUUUGUG